UCUGGGCAGGAGCGCUCGGGCUCACCUGUGUCCACUGCGGUGGGAACCCGGCAAUUAGCGGCUGCCCAAACGGCCCUCGCCGUCACCGUGCCGAAUCAGAUAAAUCAGCUGCAGCCAAAGCCGCCGGCGCUGCCCGGCUCUCCAGCCUGCUCGCCCGGGGCCGGCGGAGCCGCCACCCCCCCACGCUGCACAUGGUGCUCGAGGCGCUGCAGGCGCAGGACGGGAAGAAGGGCGCCUCAGUCGUCGCCAUUAAGCGCUUCAUCCUGGCCAAAUACCCCACGGUGGACCCCGUGCGCCUCAAGUAUCUGCUGAAGCGGGCGCUGGCGACGGGGCUGAGCCGCGGCUUCCUGGUGCGGCCCCACAACUCCUCCGCCCUGGGGGCCACGGGGCGCUUCAAGCUCGCUCCCAAGAGGCUGCAGCAGAAACAGGCGCAGGGCCAGGAGGAUCCCGGGGAGGGACCGGCCCCGAAGACCGGACGCAGAGGGGCUGCUGAGGCUGCCCGAGCCCCUGCGGUGGCGCGGAGCGACGGAGGGCAAGGCACGGCCAAGGAGGAGCCGAAAGCAGUGAAGAGGAAGCCGAGGGCAAAGCCUGCAGAUGCCCAGCCGGCGGUGGAGAAGCCCAGGAGUCAUGGAGUGAAGGCCCACCAGGCCCCUGGCAAAGGGCGGCCGCAGCCCCCUGCAGCUCCUGCUGCCAGCAGUGUGCGAGAGGACAGUGCUGACCACCCUGCUGGGGUGAAGAGACCCAAAAAGGCCCCAGCAGCCAAGAGCAAAGGGAAGGUUCCUGAGGAGGCCCAGGAAGCUGCCUCGAAGAAGGGAGGUAAAGCCAAGGCAAGGAAGCCUCAGGCAGCUCUGGGUGCUGGCCAGGGGGGGAAGGCUGGAGCACAGGAGGCAGCUCCUGGCAGGAAGGUGUCAUAGGGGCCCCAGGACUUUGACAGCACAGCGCCAUCCCCAGCUGAGUCUGGGCUUUGGGCUAGGAGCUGGUUUUAAUUCCCAGGUGUUAAUUCUGUUCAUCUGCUACUAAUAAAGGUUGUCUGAUUCA